AUGGUACAAUCAUCAGUUCAGUUUGGGGGAUCACCAACGGAAGACCCAAAUUUACAUUUAGCUAAUUUCCUAGAGCUCUGCGCCACAUUCAAGAUGAACGGAGUGACAAAUGAUGCAGUGAGGUUGAGACUUUUCCCGUUUUCAUUGAGGGACCGAGCAAAGAGUUGGCUUAUUUCUUUGGAAGCCAAUUCUAUCACAACAUGGGAGGAGCUAACUCAGAAAUUUUUAGCAAAAUUUUUCCCACCAUCGCUGUCUGCAAGGUAUAGAGGUGAAAUCAACAAUUUUCACCAAAAAGAUGGUGAAUCGUUGUAUGAUGCGUGGGAGAGGUUUAAGGAGCUGCUGAGAAAAUGUCCCCAUCAUGGAAUUGAAAAAUGGAUGUUAGUCCAUAUUUUUUACAAUGGUUUGUGUGGUACUACUCUCACAAUCAUAGAUGCAGCGUCUGGAGGAGCGUUCAUGAGUAAGAGCGCUAAUGAAGCUUAUGAUCUGUUGGAAGAAAUGGCUAUGAAUAACUAUCAAUGGCCAUCAGAAAGAGAAACCACUAAGAAGGUGGCUGGAGUGCAUGAAUUGGAUGCCAUCUCAAUGUUGUCCGCUCAAGUGGAAACAUUAACCAAACAGUUACAACAGAACAACAUUCAAGCUCAAGCUCCAGUUAUGCAGAUGCAGAUUAUGUGUGAGUUAUGUGGGGGACCUCAUUUAUUUGAACAAUGCACAAUGAGGGAUCUUAACAAUAUGCCUCUGGAGCAAGUUCAAACAAUAUGUAAUUUUCAAAGGCCCUCAAAUAACCCAUACUCAAUGAACUACAAUCAAGGGUGGAGGAAUCACCCUAAUUUCUCAUGGACAAGUGGUCAAGGUAGUCAGCAGCAGUUUCAGCAGAGCCAACCUCAGUACUCAAGGCCUUCUCCUGGAUUUUAUCAAUCACAAAAUAGACCACCACAACAGCAAAUACCUAUGAGGCAACUUGAAGCACAACCUAAUGUACUUAAUCAAUUUAUGACAGAAACGAGGGCAUCUAUUCGAAGCUUGGAAACUCAGAUUGGACAGUUGGCCACGCUUAUGGCAAACCGAGCUCAAGGGAACUUGCCAAGCACUACUGAAGUGAAUCCAAAGGGAAAUCUUAAUGAACAGUGUCAAGUUAUUACCUUGAGGAGCGGAACAGUGUAUGCAGGACCAAGUAUAGAGAAGAAAGUUGAGCAGAAGCAGGAUCAACAGGCACCUAUCACAGAGAACAAGCAGAAAAGGGGUAAAGUUGAAGAAGAGGCUAAUGAGAACCUUGAGAAAAAGCAGUCAGAAAUAAGCAUAGAUCACCAUAUAAAGAUCCCAUAUCCUCAGAGGCUUCAAAAGAAUAAGCUUGACAAGAAGUUUUUGGAUAUCUUUCGAAAGCUACACAUCAACAUUCCUUUUGCUGAAGCACUUGAACAGAUGCCGAGUUAUGUGAAAGUUGAUGUGGUGGAAAGUAAGGGUGAUAAGCUGAAAUUUACUAAGAAUAAAUCUAUGGUUGAAGGUGGCAAGCGAACAAUUCGUCAUAAAGUGAAAAAGAUCUUUAGUGAGAAAGCUCGAUUGUUUCAUGAGCGGUGGAAAGUUCCAAAAAUGUGCAAUAUCAAGAAACGGGCGUCUUCUCAUGAUAUUAUGGCUCUCAAGGACAUGAGAGGUGGUUUGGAUCCGAGUUGA